AUGAAGUCUUUGAAACUUGAAAGAGAAGUCCCAUUUCCAAGUUGGUCUUGGAUGGGAUGGCGGGGGGCUCUGACUCUCACCAUCGAAGACAAACAUGCCGACGCCGGUCUUGCAUCUGCGGUUGACAUCUACAUUCUGAGGAACCCCCCUUUACGCCUUCUGUUGGCUAGGAGGAUCUUCAUGGACUCACCGCGGCAAGUGACCUCUUCACCAGCACGCGGCUCCUCUGCCGUAUCGCUGGAAGAUCUCCGGAACAGCUACCCCAGGAUCAACCUUGAAGAAGUUCCUGAUGACCAACUGCUGCUUUUCUGGAGUGAAUCAACACGGCUCAGAGUCGCCAAACCAAUCAAAUCAACGUAUCACUGGCACGAAAGAGACGGCCCGCUUCACAAACACCGCGAAGAAUGUUAUCGCCAACAGCUGCUCGACCCCGAUGGAAACAUCGCGGGCCAAACCGGCCCCUGUCUGGGAAGCCAAGAUGCUGGCAAUCUCGAAGACAAGGAGUAUGAGUUCAUUGUAAUAGCGGAAAGAACAGCGCCUCCCGACUACGAGAAGCAGAGGAUCGCACUCCAAGUUGAGCGCAGGCCAGAUGGUGUGGCAUAUCGGGUCAACAUCGCUGAAAUCAGCCAGGAUGCCUGGGAGAAGGCCACGAAGAGUCACGGACUCAUUGCACUAGGCAGUGAGAUAUGA